AGGCUUGCACUCAGACUUCUCUGGACUUGGCCUGACUGGGAUCGAGAGUAUGCUCUGAGACCCUGACAUGGACUUUUCUCGGCUGCAUCUGUACACGCCACCCCAGUGUGUGCCCGAGAAUACUGGCUACACCUAUGCACUCAGUUCAAGUUACUCUUCCGAUGCCCUGGACUUUGAGACGGAGCACAAGUUGGACCCUGUAUUUGAUUCUCCGAGAAUGUCCCGCCGCAGCCUGCGUCUGGUCACUACAGCAGAGGACAGCCAGGCUGGGGAUGCCCAGACCCACACAGGCCGCGGGUCCUCCCUCAAGGACAGGACAGCCAGAACCACCAAGCAGCAUCGUAAUGUGGUCAAGGCCUCAUCCAGCCUGAGUCACUCGACCAGGACAGCCACAACCUCAGCCGUCUGCCAGGCAGACGCCAGUGGCCUGCAGGCUGAUGUCAGCCUGCGGCCCCCUGUUCUGGAUGAGUCUCUGAUCCGCGAGCACACCAAAGUGACCCAUUUCUGGGGACUGGAUGACGAUGGAGAUGUCCGUGGCGAGCUCCGAGGUGGAGUUGGAGGUGGCCCUGCCCAGCAGGGCAACGGUGAUGUGAUUGCACAGGCGGCUGCCACGUCGAGUAAUGGCUACACGUGCCAGGACUGCCGGCUUCUGGGGGAGCACCGGGAGGCGCUAAGCACACUUGCCCUGCGUCCCAGGCCCGGCCUCACCUCCCGCAUCUACUCCAGGGAUAGGAGCCAGAAACGCGGUGUGUCUUUCUACGUGGACAGGACUUUGUGGCUGGCCAAGUUCGCCUCAACAUCUCUCUCAGCGUUCUUAGCUCAACUUUUCCAAGUGGUUUUAAUGAAGCUCAAUUGUGAAUCAGAAAAUGACAAAUUGAAAAGUCACGAAUUGAAAGCUCAUGAAUCAGAAAGCGCUAAGUCAGAAAGCCAUGAACGCAAAGCUUCUUCCAGUCACUAUGGGGGAACAAGUGUGGACGCGCUGGCCGGAAUGCAGAGCCAACUCAGUAUGUCUGCGGAGUCACGGGGUGACGGCUCUAUGGGGGAGAGGCACACAGGCGCCCUCUUGCUGUCUUCAUGGCCAAGAUGGGGAGCAGGCGCUGCCCGGAAUGUGUACUCCUAUGCAGGGAAGGCUGCCUCAGGGGUCUUCUGGUGGCUGGGGAGUGGCUGGUACCAGCUUGUCACUCUGGUCUCAUGGCUGAACGUGUUUCUUCUUACCAGAUGCCUUCGAAACCUUUGCAAGUUUUUGCUCCUCUUCAUCCCACUCUUAAUUUUACUCGCUGCAGGCUUUUCCCUUUGGGGCCAGAGUGGCCUCCUGUCCUUCCUGCCUGUGGUAAACUGGACAGACAUGCGCAGAACACAGAGGGUGGAUGAGUCCAGUACAACACUGUUUCCUGACCCUGCUCAGCAGACCAGGCUGCCAGAGGGUGACAGCAUGGCUCCUCAUGGGCACUGGACAAGUUCUGUGGAAAGGCGGGUAACGUCUCUGUCAGAGCAGUGUCACAACCAUGAGGAGAAACUACGAGAACUGACAGCUUUGCUGCAGCAGCUGUAUGCACGGGUGGAUGGGGCUGGUGCAGAAACACUGGCCUUGGUGCAGGAGGUGGUGGGGCAGCACCUGAAGGUCAUCAACACCCACGGACCAUUGGACACUCAGGGUGACAUGGCAUCUUUCCGUCAGAACCACGAACUGCGCAUCUCAGAACUCGAGUCUGUUCUUCGGAAACUCACUGAGAGAUCUGAGGCCAUCGAGAAGGAGCUUCAGCAGAGCAGGCUGCAGGCAGCCAGCGGGAUGGAGGAGGAGCGGAGCUUGUUUUCCACGGUGGAACGUCUGGAGCUGGAACUGGCCCAUCUCCGAGCACAGCUGUCAGGUUGGGAACACUGGAAGAGCAGCUGUGAGCAGGGAAAUGGCAUUCAGGAGCGUGUUGAUGCCCAAGUCAGAGAGACGGUAAAGCUCAUGUUUUCUGGUGACUGGCACGACGGCUCCCUGGAAUGGCUUCUGCGCAAGUUUUCUUCUGAGUUUGUGAGCAGAGAAGACCUGCAGGUGGUGCUGCGGGACCUGGAGCUGCAGAUCCUGAGGAACAUCAGCCACCACCUCUCUGUGACAAAGCAAAUGCCCACCCCCGAGACAGUAGCACCCGCUGUGCGCGAGGCAGGACUGUCUGGGAUCACAGAAGCGCAAGCACAAGCCAUUGUCAGCAAGGCUCUGAAGCUGUACUCACAAGACAAGACCGGCAUGGUGGACUUCGCCCUGGAGUCUGGGGGGGGCAGCAUCCUGAGCACACGCUGCUCGGAGACAUACGAGACCAAGACAGCCCUCAUCAGCCUGUUCGGCAUCCCCCUGUGGUACUACUCCCAGUCCCCGCGUGUCGUCAUCCAGCCGGACAUAUACCCAGGAAACUGCUGGGCAUUCAGAGGCUCCCAGGGCUACCUCGUGGUCAGGCUGUCAAUGACCAUCCAUCCAACCGCCUUCACCUUGGAGCACAUCCCAAAGACUCUGUCGCCCACAGGCAACAUCACCAGUGCCCCGAAGGACUUUGCUGUCUAUGGCCUGGAGAAUGAGUAUCAGGAGGAAGGAUCGUUGCUGGGACAGUACAUGUAUGACCAGGAUGGGGAGUCCCUGCAGAUGUUCCAUGUGCUGAAAAGACCGGAAAGAGCUUUCCAAAUAGUGGAACUUCAGAUUUUCUCUAACUGGGGCCAUCCUGAAUACACGUGUCUCUAUCGGUUCCGAGUUCAUGGAGAACCUAUCAAGUAAAGCCCACUCUUCGUUGUUGUACAUUUUGUAUAUAACGGACAGCCUGAAACACUGGAACCCUCCCUGGAUGGGGGCUUGUAGAGUAACAGGAUAGCGUCACCCCGGUCCGGGGUCCCUGGCUGCCAGCAUCUUUGGGGGUGGGGGAAGGUGCCCAGUGCCACCUUGCUGACUGUCCACAUCCCUCUCCCUGCGUGACCAGAAGCUCAUGGAAUGUGUGUCCAACAGAGGCUGGCUGGUUCAGGAUUGGGAUCUGAACAUAAAUCUCUACAUUUGUAUUUUCUUGACAUCAGAAACAAAGGAAAUGAAGGAAGGCUGACAUGUUCCUGAAGGUUUGCUAUUCAAUCUGUAAAGGACUUUGGGGGCACAGAUUUUCAUCUAUCACAUCUAAUGCACAUUUCAUUUAGGGAAAAAUGGUGUCACCAAAUGCCAGAAUUCUCUUUCAGGAGUUGGGUUUUCCUUUAUUCAGCACCAGUACAUAGUACUGCAUGUCAGCUGAUAGGAAAUCACUUACAUGUGUUUCUGUUUGUUUUGCUCCUACUUUUGAGAACGGGUUUCCCAGCCCAGGUGGGAUCAUGCUGGUGCCCCUCAGGCCAUGGGGGAGCCUGGUGCUGUGGUAGGUUGUCGGGUAGGGAGUGAGCAGAAAGGGAUGGUCUACUUCUGAACAGGGCUCAUACCUGGGCUUCUCAGGGCUCCGCAAGGUGCACCCAAGUGCAUCCUCUCACCCUCAGGAGAAAUGGGAACUGAGAAAUCCAGUCUUGGCUGCUUUUGGGUUUUGUUUGCAUUUUGUUGAAACCACUAACACGCUCCAAGUCUUUCAGAGGCUCACCAUGUACUCCAGUUCCUCCUCAGAGAUGGUCCAGUAUGCCAGGCUCACGAAUCGAUGCAUUUUGAUUGUAACUUUUCUCAUAGCAGCACUUUCUACCACACUAGUUGGGGGUUGCAGUUCAUGACUGAGACCAUUCUCACCUAUUCUCCUGAGACCCUUUUUGGUUAUGAUAUUUAAUAUUUAGACUAUUUUACUGAGCAGACUUUACAGAUGAGCUAUCUGCGAGGCACUUAAGUGUUACAGAUGUUUUACCUUAAAGAUUAUUUAAGUUCUAUUGGGUUGAAUUUCAUGAUGUACCAUAAAUGUUGUAUUUUCAGAAAAAGCGGCAGUGCUGCUGCUGACUGAUUUUCUGGAGAGUUUUACAUAUAUUGCACAGCGGUCCUCAAAUACACAGAAAAAACAAAGCAGCAUUUUUGUCACUCUUAGAAUUGGAACUAAUGUCUAUGCAGCUACAAUGAAUAAAUGUGUACAGAUGUUUCAUAUAAAAUUUUCCUAUAUAAAACUAAAUUUGGGUGUUGGGUGGAAAUAUUUUGAAUAUUUAUUUUUAAAAAUAGGACUUUGUGCAAUGUAUUUUUGUAAAUGUUUUUCAAAAUAUUUGUCUUUGGUAGUGCUUACUUUUUGCUGCUGCCAAAUUGAUAAGAUGCUAUUGAAAUGUUUAAAUAGUUUUAAUUUUUAAAAGUGCAUGUGAAAUUUCAAAUGAAUAAUAAAAUUUAUCUUUUUUUUU